AUGUCUUUUGAAGAUGAAAAUAUGGGCUUUUGGAAAAAUGGUUGCUUUAAUGAUUAUAUUAGCAAUGAGUUAGAAUACGAUGACCCUGAUAAAGAUUACAUGUUGCUUGAAAAUGAUGAUUACAGUAUUACAACUGAUAAUACAAGCGAAAUUCCAUCAACACCUGUAACAACCACCAAUGAUGAUAAUUGUAUUCAUGAAUUUUUAUUUGAUUACGAAGCAUUACAAAAUGCUAAAGAAAAAAUUAGUUUAGAUGAAUAUAAUGAUGAUGAUAUAACGUGGGAAGAUAUGGAUUUAGUUGAAAAAGAUUCUGUUUCAACAACGGCUGGUUCUAAUACAGAUAAAGACUAUCGAAUAGAUGAUACUGAUAUAGAAAAUAAAAACCUUAUACCAUGUAUAUUUGAUAAUUAUAUGUGA